GGCUGCCCCAGAGAGCGUGGGGCCAGAGGGCGGCACCGAGAAUGCCCCUUCCCUCCCCGGCUCCGGCUCUCAGCGCAGCAGGUUUCCGUCGGGGGCGGGAGCCCCAAAGGGCUGGGGAGCAUGUCAUGGUUUAGCGGCCUCCUGGUUCCCAAAGUGGAUGAAAGAAAAACAGCUUGGGGUGAACGAAAUGGGCAGAAGCGCCCACGACAUGGGACUCGGGCCAGUGGCUUCUGUGCACCCUGCUACAUGAGCUGCUUCAAGGAUGCAGAGCCACCCAGCCCCACCCCUGCGGCUCCUACUCGGUGUCCCUGGCAGGACGAGGCCUUCAUCAGGAGAGCCGGCCCAGGCAGGGGUAUGGAGCUGGGGCUGCGAUCAGUGGCCUUGGGUUUCGAUGACACUGAGGUGACAACGCCAGUAGGGACGGCUGAAGUGGCACCUGAUGUGGCACCUAGGAGUGGGCGAUCCUGUUGGCACCAUCUGGUGCGAGUGUUCCAGUCGAAGCAGUUCCGCUCCGCCAAGCUGGAGCGCCUGUACCAGCGCUACUUUUUCCAGAUGAACCAGAGCAGCCUCACACUGCUCAUGGCAGUGCUUGUGCUGCUCACCGUCGUGCUGCUGACCUUUCACGCCGCACCUGCUCCGCCUCAGCCCGCCUAUGUGGCCCUGCUGACCUGUGCCGCUGCCCUCUUUGUGGCACUCAUGGUGGUGUGCAACCGACAAAGCUUCCACCAGGACUCCAUGUGGGUGGUGAGCUAUGUGGUGUUGGGCAUCCUGGCAGUUGUACAGGUCGGGGGUGCCGUGGCAGCGAACCCACACAGCCCUUCUGCAGGCCUCUGGUGCCCUGUGUUCUUUGUCUAUGUCACCUACACGCUCCUGCCCAUCCGGAUGCGAGCUGCUGUGCUCAGCGGCCUGGGCCUCUCCACCUUACAUUUGAUUUUGGCCUGGUAUCUCAACCGUGGUGAUCCCUUCCUCUGGAAGCAGCUCGGUGCUAACAUGGUGCUCUUCCUCUGCACCAACGUCAUUGGCAUCUGCACACACUACCCUGCUGAAGUGUCUCAGCGCCAGGCCUUUCGGGAGACCCGAGGUUAUAUCCAGGCUCGGUUGCACCUGCAGCAUGAGAAUCGCCAGCAGGAGCGGCUGCUGCUAUCGGUGUUGCCCCAGCACGUUGCCAUGGAGAUGAAAGAAGACAUCAACACAAAAAAAGAAGACAUGAUGUUCCAUAAGAUCUACAUCCAGAAGCACGAUAAUGUCAGCAUCCUAUUUGCGGACAUUGAGGGCUUCACCAGCCUGGCCUCCCAGUGCACUGCACAGGAGCUGGUCAUGACCUUGAACGAGCUCUUUGCCCGGUUUGACAAGCUGGCUGCGGAAAAUCAUUGUCUGAGGAUCAAGAUCUUAGGAGACUGUUACUACUGUGUGUCAGGGCUGCCUGAGGCCCGGGCAGACCAUGCCCACUGCUGUGUGGAGAUGGGGGUGGACAUGAUCGAGGCCAUCUCGCUGGUGCGUGAAGUAACAGGUGUAAAUGUGAACAUGCGUGUGGGCAUCCACAGUGGACGUGUACACUGUGGUGUUCUUGGUCUGCGGAAAUGGCAGUUUGAUGUGUGGUCCAAUGAUGUGACCCUGGCCAACCACAUGGAGGCUGGGGGCCGUGCUGGCCGUAUUCACAUCACUCGGGCCACACUGCAGUACCUGAAUGGCGAUUAUGAGGUGGAGCCGGGUCGCGGUGGUGAGCGCAAUGCAUACCUCAAGGAGCAGCGCAUUGAGACCUUCCUCAUAUUGGGCGCCAGCCAGAAAAGGAAAGAGGAGAAGGCUAUGUUGGCCAAGCUGCAGCGGACAAGGGCCAACUCCCUGGAAGGGCUGAUGCCACGCUGGGUGCCUGAUCGUGCCUUCUCCCGGACCAAGGACUCCAAGGCAUUCCGCCAGAUGGGCAUUGAUGAUUCCAGCAAAGACAACCGGGGUGCCCAAGAUGCCCUGAACCCUGAAGAUGAAGUGGACGAGUUCCUGGGCCGUGCCAUCGAUGCCCGUAGCAUUGACCAACUGCGUAAGGACCAUGUACGCCGGUUCCUGCUCACUUUCCAGAGAGAAGAUCUCGAGAAGAAGUACUCAAGGAAGGUUGAUCCCCGCUUUGGAGCCUACGUCGCCUGUGCCCUAUUGGUCUUUUGCUUCAUCUGCUUCAUCCAGUUCCUCAUAUUCCCACACUCCAUGCUGAUGCUCGGGGUCUAUUCCGGUCUCUUCCUGCUCUUGCUGGUCACUGUGCUGAUCUGUGCUGUGUGCUCCUGUGGCUCUCUCUUCCCGAAGGUCCUACAGCGCCUGUCUCGCAGCAUCGUCCGCUCACGGGUGCAUAGCACAGCAGUUGGCAUAUUUUCAGUUCUGCUUGUGUUCAUCUCUGCCAUCGCCAACAUGUUCACCUGUAAUCACACCCCCAUACGGACCUGCGCAGCCCGGAUGCUGAAUUUAACACCCGCUGACAUCACCACCUGCCACCUACAACAGCUCAAUUACUCUCUGGGCCUGGAUGCUCCCCUGUGUGAGGGCACCGCACCCACCUGCAGCUUCCCUGAGUACUUCAUCGGGAACAUGCUGCUGAGUCUCUUGGCCAGCUCUGUCUUCCUGCAUAUCAGCAGCAUUGGCAAGUUGGCUAUGACCUUUGUCCUGGGGCUCAUCUACUUGGUGCUGCUUCUUCUGGGUCCCCCAGCCACCAUCUUUGACAACUAUGAUCUACUACUUGGUGUCCAUGGCUUGGCUUCUUCCAAUGAGACCUUUGAUGGGCUGGACUGCUCAGCUGUAGGGAGGGUCGCACUCAAAUACAUGGCCCCUGUCAUUCUGCUGGUUUUUGCGCUGGCACUGUAUCUGCAUGCCCAGCAGGUGGAGUCAACUGCCCGCCUGGACUUCCUCUGGAAACUACAGGCAACAGGGGAGAAGGAGGAGAUGGAAGAGCUCCAGGCAUACAACCGACGCCUGCUGCAUAACAUUCUGCCCAAGGAUGUGGCUGCCCACUUUCUGGCCCGGGAGCACCGCAAUGAUGAACUCUACUACCAGUCGUGUGAAUGCGUGGCUGUUAUGUUUGCCUCCAUUGCCAACUUCUCUGAGUUCUAUGUGGAGCUGGAGGCAAACAAUGAGGGUGUCGAGUGCCUGCGGCUGCUCAAUGAGAUCAUCGCAGACUUUGAUGAGAUCAUCAGUGAGGAGAGAUUCCGGCAGCUAGAAAAGAUCAAGACGAUUGGCAGCACCUACAUGGCUGCCUCUGGCCUGAACGCCAGCACCUACGACCAGGUGGGCCGCUCCCAUGUCACUGCCCUGGCAGACUAUGCCAUGCGACUCAUGGAGCAGAUGAAGCACAUCAAUGAGCACUCCUUCAACAAUUUCCAGAUGAAGAUUGGGUUGAACAUGGGUCCAGUUGUGGCAGGCGUCAUUGGGGCCCGGAAGCCACAGUAUGACAUCUGGGGAAACACAGUGAAUGUCUCCAGUCGUAUGGACAGCACGGGGGUCCCUGACCGCAUACAGGUGACCACGGACCUGUACCAGGUUCUAGCUGCCAAGGGCUACCAACUGGAGUGUCGAGGGGUGGUCAAGGUGAAGGGCAAGGGGGAGAUGACCACCUACUUCCUCAAUGGGGGCCCCAGCAGUUAGCAGAGCGCAGCUACAGAUUCAGCUGAAGGGACCGAGCUGGGCAUUGAGUGGACUCUGUGCUCGCUGGGUGGAGCUGUGGCAAGGGGCACUGAGCCUCCAGAUCUUGCUGACGGCAAAAGGGAACACCUCAGCGGGCUGUGCUUGGACCAUGUUCAUCUGCCUUCGGAGUGGUGAAGGAAGGGACACCAAGAGGAUUAUCCAAGUGACUUUCUGAAUUGGGGUAGAGCUGUUCCCUCUCCUUUCUUCUAGUUGAAGGGGCAGUGGCAGAGGCCAUGGAGCUCUCCUGCCUGAGAGAGGAAAAUGGCAACUUGCUAUGCCUACCGUUUCCCUGUCUGGGUGACAGGCUCACUUCUGGGUCCUUUCCCUCUUUUUCCUGGGAAUAUUUUGUAUAAAGACUAGGGCAGGCAUGAGGAAUGCCUAUUCCAUGCUUGCCUUUGCUGUGCCUGCAUCCCCAGCACUGGUCCUGAGCACUCCCAGGCCCAACCAAAUCUCCUUCCUAGGCACAGGGCAGAGGAAGGAGGUGCUGUGGGGACCCCUCUCUGACCACGUUUCAGGGGACUGUUUCCAUUUGCCAAAUCCUAGGCCCAUGAUCUGUCCCCAAAGGGGAUCAAAGGGACCUCUGACAGCUCAGAUUUAGCCCCAAUUCCUGCACGCUCCAGGGAAAGGGGUAUCUGGCCUCAUUGGUACUGUGAAAAUGACCAGCCAGCGAGCAAGCCUGUGUGUGGGGACAUCAGAAGAUCAGGAAUUGGACAGUCACCUGCAGGUGCCGAAGAGUGCAGGCGGCCAGGGAGGAGGAUGGUGCCAGGCUGAUCUGAAGCCCCAGUGUGGCCAGGAUCAGCUCCCUCGGCCCCAACGCUCACUUGCUGUCUGCUGGCAAGGGGGCACGGAGCGUCUCUACUCCUUCUGUUGCCAAAUAGAAAAGGGUCAGGGCUCUAAGAAAGAGCCCUGACUCCAAACCUGGCCUCCCAAGUCUGGUACUGGGGAGAGCCUGUGUGUUCGUGUAACUGUGUGUGCAUGGUUUUUGUGUGUGCAUAUCUGUUUUCCAGGUCUGUAUGUGUUCUUGCGCUCCAGUUCCUCAGUGCUCUACCCAGGGUUGCCUCUCUCCUGUGGGCCUCUGUCUUCUAGCAUUAAGACGGGGUUUCCUAUCUCAAAGGAUGGAGAGAGAUGCCGGGUUGCACAGGAGCAGGAUGGGGUUUGGUAGCAAAAGGAGGGUGGCCUGGGGACAGGAGUCCUUUUUGUGCCAAAUCCCUAAGUGCCAUUUGGGGGCCACAUGUGCAGUAGGACUGUCUCCUUGCCUAGGGCAGGGACCCAAGCACCUGCUAGAGCUCUAGUGUUCCUUGCACUUGAACUGUUGGGGGCUUGUUGGGUAGAGGCUCAGACAUUUCCUGAGUUUCUCAGCUUGUGUCCUGGGUAUGCUUUUGGACUGGGGGAGCAUGGGAUCCUUCUGAGGACCUAGAUUUUGGUACUAGGGGAUGGAGCCUGGGAACCUUAAACUUGGCUUUCCCAAGUCUUCAGCCUGAUUCUAGCAUAGCUAGACUCUAAUCUUGGCUCCUAGUCCCCAUGAAGCCUUUGAGGGUUGGAUUCUAUCCCCUUCCUAUCCUUGCCUUCCUUUAACCCCCUGUAUCCUCCUCGACUCUGGCCUAAAUUAGUUGGUGCCUUGGGUUACCUGUCUGUACCUAUUUAAGCCAGGGGCAUUAAGCCUAAGUUUUGACUGAAGAUCACUUUGUCCUAGACAUUAACUAGAGAGAAAGAGAAAGGGUUUUAGGGGCUAUGGAAGGGGCAAGUAAUAAUCUCGCCCUUUUUCAUGCUCCUUCUGGCACCGGCUUCCUGCAGAGGCCUGGUUUCUGGCUUGGUACUGCUUUCCUGGGGCUCUCCAUGUAUCAGCCAGAUGAACCACUGAGCACUUGAUUAGCUGAGGCAGAGGAGGGUAAGACUAGCUGGUCCAGACAGAAGAUUGACCCCCUUUCCCCCAGCCAUAUCCCUGGAUAGGAAGGAACUACUUGGUGCCAUGGGGUGGGGUAAAGUGUUUAAGUAAGCUAGAGGGGGAAGGUCUCAGCUUUGGGUGACCUGUCUGCUUCUUGCCGGGUGGGAGGGGUUUGUCCACACCCUGGCUCCCUGUACCACAGUGCCAGCCAUGUCCUUCCCCUGGGUUACCACUGCCUCUUUCCUCACCUCUGGUGGAGGAGCCAGGGUGUGGGAAGCCAUGGGCUCUGGUUUUAUAAUGUAACCACUGUGGGAAUGGGGGACGGUAGUGUACCAUGUAUUUCAGUGAAAUAUUUAAUAUAUUUAAAUAUCAAUAAAAUCAAACUCUUUGUAAAAUGCCCUGUUCUC